UUCAGGCCCUAGUGACUCCCCUUUCUUGAGGGUGCAGACGGCUUAGAGACAGGCAGUCAGUGGAAGCAUCUCACCUAAGACCAGCACCCCAAGGGCAGCCCUCCCUCCAUCAGCAGAGCACCAAGCCUGCGCCUGCCUUUGCCUCUCAACCCCAUCUCUCAUUCCUGCCCUCUGGAGCAACUCCAGGGGUCCCUCUGCUGGGUAUGGCCCAAGGAGAGGCAGCAUGGCCUCGUGGGCCUGGCUGGCAGCCUGCGUGCUGGCCCUGUGCCUGGGCUCCACCUUGCCACAGAAUGUGUGCAGAGCUCCUGAUGGGAAGCCGGGGCAGCCUGGAGCCCCAGGUCUGAAUGGGCGCCCAGGACCUAAGGGGGAUCGUGGCGAGCAAGGGACACCAGGAGCAAAGACAGGAGUCCGGGGUCUCAAGGGGGAUGAGGGUGAACCUGGUCUCCCUGGAAAGCCAGGGAAUAGAGGUUUUGGAGGUCCGACCGGCCCCCAAGGACCCCCGGGAAUGCCUGGAGAGAGCGGUCGCAAGGGAGAGACGGGAAGAAUUGAAAAGCAGUCCCAUCCAGCCUUCUCAGCAGUCCGGAAGAACCCACGACAGGAUGACAGAGUGGUCAUAUUCGACCACGUCAUCACCAACCAGGAAAACCACUAUCACGGCAACACCGGCAAGUUUAUCUGUAAAUUAGCUGGCCACUACUACUUUGCCUUCCACGUGGUGUCCACUGGGGACCUUUGUCUCUUCAUCACGACCUCCAAGGGAGGCCAGACCAGACGCUCCUUGGGCUUCUGCGACAGCAACAGUAAGGGACUUUAUCAGGUCAACUCUGGCGGCACGGUGCUGACACUGGCAGAGGGUGACCAGGUGUGGAUUGAAACAGACCCUCUCCGAGGCAAUAAAAUCUACAGCGGUAAAGAUAUGGAUAGCGUCUUCAGCGGCUUCCUCCUUUUCCCCUCCAACUGAAUUUGGGGCCGUAGGGUAGAGAAGCUUGGAACUCCCAGCAAAGACCAGCCUUUCAGCUUGCAUCUCUCUAAUCCUUUCCAUCCACCCCCCCCCCGGAGCUAGGUGGGACCCCAGGGGUCAUCCUAUCCAAUGCUUUGAUUUUACAAAUGAGGAAACAGGCUGUCAAAGAGGUACAGCGCCGCAGCCAGGGUUACAAAGUAAAUGUCUGAAAAAGGCUGCUAACCCAGUGCUACCACACGAUGCCAGUCUGCCUGCCUCUUGGGCAAGUCAUUUAAAAACAACAACAUCUUUUUCUUUUAGUACCUUAGGAACUUUCCAAAGCAUCGUCUUCACAAACACCUUGGGAGGGAGAGAGAAGGGUCAUUAUUCUUAUAUGUCAGAUGGGGAAACUGAGAAUAGGAGCUAAAAGACAGCUUGUCUGGAGCCACAGAGCCAAUGUCAGAGGUGGUGUUUGCACUGUCCCAUGUGGUCUUCACAUGUAACCACCCUUCUCUUGCCCUCUCUGUAUAACAUGAGAAGGAUCCUUUGACUGCUCAAAGGCAGAGGGCAUGGACCAGGUGAUUGGUCUCUUGAGGCCCUUUCCAGCUCCAGGAUCCAGAAUGCUCUGUCUCCCUGUCCUUGGGCUCCCAAUCCCUCAGUAGCUCCCUUCUGCCCCAACCCUGGGGCCAUCAAAGCAUUAUCCACCAGAGCAAGAGAAUGAGUACUCCAUGCCAAAAGCACCAUCUUUGCCUAAGCCUGUCUGCCCCUCUGCUUGGCUCUCCCACUUCUGAAGAAGCCCCUCUCCGGGACUUUGGCAUCCCUGUGCUGAUGGCUGCCCUCCCUCCUGUGUCCGGUCUCACUCAUGGGCUUGACUUUGCCUCUCUCCUCCGCAGCCCAGGGCUGAGUGACCAUUCGGUCACUCCUUCCAAGCCACCUCUGCCCAUCCCUACACCCCUAGUGCUGAGGGGGGCAGUGAUCCCCUCGCAUCCUCAGCACAGCAUGUAACCACCUGAACCGAGAUCUUAAUGAAUAAAUAAAGUGAUUCAGUUCUUUCUG